AUUAUGAAACAAUAAAUUCAUUUUGAUCGGUUUCUCGAGCUGAAGCAGUAAUCGGAGUCCCACAGAUCAUAGCGAAGCCAAUUGAUUAAUUUCAAAAAUAUUAUAUCAAUGGCCAGUAGUAUUGGGGGAGGUGAAGAGCAAUUGCAGAAGAUGGCGGAAUUGAGCAAAACCCUAAAAGAAGGAGAGAGAAUUUUGGCGCCUACUCGAAGACCCGACGGCACUCUCCGCAAACCCAUUCGUAUUCGGGCGGGGUAUGUUCCCCAAGAGGAAGUCGCCAUUUACCAGUCUAAAGGUGCCCUGUGGAAAAAGGAGAUGGCAGCAUCACAAGUAGUGCCUCCAGGUUAUGAUCCACCUGCAGAUGCAAAACCGAAGACUAAGUCAGCAAAGAGAAAUGAACGAAAGAAGGAGAAACGACUACAAGCUGCUCUUGAAAAGGGCAAGAACUCAGAAGCCAUGGAAGAUAAUGAGAGUAAAGGAGAGGAUGUAACAAAGGAAGAUUUAGAUGAUGGAUCAGAGUCUGUUAAAUCAUUGACAUCUCAGAUGACUGAUCUUGCGUUUUCCCCAAAUCCUGUAUCAGCCUCUCCUCCCUCAAACUCAGUGGAGGCCUCAGAUGUUGGGCAACCAGUUCUAGACCUUGAUAAAAAGAUUCGAGCACUUAAAAAGAAGAUUCGACUAGCAGAAGCUCAACAACAGGAAACUCCUCAGCAAGAUAUGAAGCCAGAACAGUUGGAAAAGUUGGCAAAACUGGAAGGCUGGCGUGAUGAGCUAGAACUUUUGGAGGGUACAAAGGCCGAGUUGGCAGCAUUGUGACUUUGUGUUUACGUCGCUGAAGAAACAGUGUGGCUCAUUUACAAUUUUAUGGGAUGCAAAAACUUCAUUUUGGAACAGAGGUCAAUCUAUCAAGGUUUUCUUCUAAAAAUUGCAUGUGGAUUUGCAUUGAUGCAUAUGACCAUGUUUACUUGGUACUCUUGUUCCCCUGCUACGCACAUCAAUGAUUUGAUGCCAAUUCGGCUCCUCAUUAGCUUAACCAGUAAAGCUUAGUUUGCUUGCCAUUCCACGAGGAAGAAAAUGUGAAUCAAAAUUUUCGGUUUUCAGAUUAUUCCUCUCAUUUAGAUACAUUAACGAUCCAUUUCAUCAUUGCCUUGUAAAAGCAACA